GACAGACAGACAGACCGGUCAAACCGAUCCUCGACGCGUCUCCGGGAAGAAGGGAGAGAUAGAUGAUGAGUCGGCUCGUGCGUGACUAGCGCCUCGCAUCCCGGAGCCGGUCGCGCAAUAGUUUUCCUUUAGCCUUGUCGCUAUAUCUGCGUCGGCUCUGGGGUUGGUAGGUCCCGGCGCUAUAUUUAUAACAUACUAGCCUGGGGAUGAUGGAUGGGGGAGCCGAUGACGGCUAUUCCUUUAUCAUGACGCUAGAUGCCGACUCUGACUCCGACACGAGAUUUAUGGCGAUCUUCUGCUGGGGUGCGUCGCUUGCGGUUCUGUCAGCUGAUGAUGGAUGGAUCUUAUGGAUCCGUCUUACUGGCGCUAUUGUUAUGGGCUGGUGGAGAGAGAUAUCGCCGACUGGGUUGGAACUUGGAGGACGGGUUGGUGGACGGGCUGUUGGCCGUGACUGUCUAGAAUCUACGGCUCAGGCCGGCGCGCUGGGCUGUCUAUUGCGUCUGAUGCACCCUGAGAAUUGUAGAGUAUUAGCUUGGAUCUAGUCUAGAUAGAUGAGGGAGGAAGUAGUAGUUCAAUGGAAGGGUAACUGUCUCGGAUACGUAAUUGCUAUCAUGCUGCGGUUUUCG